GCACGCGGUUUAAGACAAGAGCCUCACUUUGAAUAAUGAACGAGGUCGCGCAUGCGCUAAAUUGAGUCUGCCCUAUCACCCAGCGUACAAUGGGAACAUGAUUGAUAAGGGGGACACAGUUUCAGACAUCAGACGGCUACCGCCGCAGAGGGUUAUAGGAGAUCAAGGAUGAGUAACUCUAGUCAGAAUAAGCCGUUGAGACUCGGAUGAACUCCCCCUGACAACAGGUUUGAUUGACAUGAUGAUUACCUUGAUGAUGGAUGCUCCUUGACGGGGUCAAGCUAUUUGGACGACUAUGAUGGUCUUGUCUUAAGCUACACAUAACGUUCAAUGGCCUGGACUAAUGGUAAACAAAUCAGUGGUUCUCAAUUUUUUUAAUUGGAGCGGCAGCAGAUUCAACCUCUAUCCAUCUUGGUCUGAACCACUGCUUUUUUUCCUGUAUAUACGUGAACGGGAAAGUUGAAACGCUGCUGAUUUAUGUCAUGUUGACCUUAAGCUGACCAGUAACUGACCAAACUUUAAGUAUCGCAUUACAGGUAACAAAAAAAAUUUGGUUAAAAUCAUUGAAGAAUUGGUCACGUGAGUAAUCUUUUUCUUUAAUCCUUUGGUUUUAACUAGUAUUUUGGUUUCAGGGUUGAGUAAAAAAAUAAGGUAAGUGGUCAGUUGUUGUCCAGUCUCGUGUCCACCCUACAAUCGUCUGGGACGUCCUGUUUGUCAAUGUUGCAUUUGUCGAUGUGUGUCCUUGUCGGUCUUCCUUGUUGCUAGGGAACGCAGCGAUCAUGCGUCAUCUUCAUCAUCACCAACAACGCUAACAAAAAGUCUUUCCUCAGCAGAUGCAUGGUGCCUUUUUUUUUUCAAUUUUUUCAGACAGGGGAAACAACCAAGUAAAAAAGAAUUUUAUUAUGAGUUACUUACCUUGCAGGAUGUCGCCGGGACCAGAUUUUUAAAUCUCUCUUUAGUUGUUCUGUGAUACAAAGCAAAGAGAUCAGUGUCUUCAAAGAUUUUGUAGCUUUUUUUUCUUAAACCAAAUUUUCAGAAAUGUGUAACGCAUCCAAAACAACAACCCCCCCAACAACCACUUCUACAACCAGAGGAACAACCCCCCCAACAACCACUUCUACAACCAGAGGAACAACCACUACAACAACCACCGCUACAACCAGAGGAACGACCCCCACUGACCUGCCCGCCACGGCCACUGGUCAGUCCGGGAAUGUCCGCCACGACUUUAUUUGCCACUUUGCCACCGUGGAGAUCUUCAUCCCCGUUUCAGAGGCACCAAACGCCGUGCUGCGGCUGAGAGACCCAAGCUGUGUCCUGGUCAACAACGGGACUCAUCACGUGAUCACGUUCCCCUUCAACUUGUGCGGGACGAGCGUGACCUCCUUCAAGGACUACUCGAUCGUGACCAACUACGUGACAGUGCACACGGACCUACACGUAUCCGCCCCUGUGGUCUUUGGAAACGAUUACAACAUCAGCCUUGAGUGUCAAGUGCCCGAACAUAUGGUAUUGGAUGGCUCUUUUCAGGCUGUCACAAAGGAACCGGCUCAACAAGUCAACGCCAACCCUCAAAUGGGCUUCCACCUGAGAGAAUACACAAGUGCCGACUAUACACAGGAAAUAACGAAAUAUCCAGUACAGGUUUCCAUAAACAAGGAGAUAUUUUUAGAAGUCACUCUAGCUGACGAAACAUCCAGGAACACUACCCUGGGGGUGAAGGUCAACGAGUGUCGAGCCACGCCCUCCCCUGACCCUCACGACUCCACCAGUUAUCUGCUGAUCAGAGACAGCUGCCCAGCUACACCAGCUGUACAUCUGCAAUCCAGCCCCAGCCCAGAGACUUACAGGUUCAGCGUUCAAACCUUCCACUUCUCCGGGAACACAAACACCGAUGACGUGGUCUACAUCCACUGUGACGUCAGCAUAUGUCACGAUGACAAGUGCGGGCUCAGGUGUGGCGCUUCCAGUGGCGCGCGCAGGAAGAGAAGGAGCGGGCUCAGCAAGAGGAGUGCACUCGGGUCGACUUUAACGUCUGGACCUCACAUCAUUGUCAAUGAAUCGGAAACAAAACAAUAAUAUGAUAAUUAGAGAUGUACUAUACUCUUGAAUACAAUGUAUUUUUUUUUUGCUGGCUUGCUUAACAUAAUCAGUUAAUUUUAAAACAUUGUAUAAAUAAAAUAUGAUGUAAUCAGAUAGAUUUAACUUAAUAACCGGAGCUUGUUUUUUUUUUAAUUUUCAAUAUUGGAGAAUAGAUCUUCAGUAAAAUUACUUAAAUCUCAAGACAUAGAGAUUGACUUUAUAAAAAUAUUUUACUUGUAAACCUAAAAUGCAUGUUUACACCUGAGUUACCUGCAGAGAUUAAACCUGUACAUAGUACAAAAUAAAGUGCUUUUUUUUUUUAA